GAAAUUUUUGCAAGAAGAAAGGAAAACAUUUGCAGAAGAAACACAAAAAAAGUGCUGUUUCUCCUAACUGGAGAAAAAAAUGGAGAAAAAUAAAACAGCAACUGUCAUAAUUCUUCUUUUGAUAUCUCUCUUCUUGCACUCAGCUCAAUCUCAGGAAAUUGAAGAAAAUUCAGCUGCAAGAGGUGUUAAGAAAGAGAAAAUGCAUGCACAUGAAGUACAUUGUUCUAGAGAAAGAAGUAGGGCUGCCUGGCAAAUUAUAGAGGAGUAUUUGCUGCCCUUUGUGGAACGGGAGAGGUACCAGAUUUCGAAUAAAUGUAGACUUCAUGCUGAAAAUGAUCUGUUCAGAGAUCAAGAAGAGCACAAGAUUCACGUGGAUGUAAAUGAAUGGAAGUGUGGAUACUGUAAGAAGAGCUUCCGUGCUGAAAAAUAUAUUGAUCAGCAUUUUGACAACAGGCACUACAAUCUUCUUAACACCAGUGAGAGCAAGUGCUUGGCUGAUUUAUGUGGGGCACUGCAUUGCGAUUUUGUGUUGAAAACCAAAACACCAAAGACAAAAUGCAAUCCUGCAGCUGUUGCAAAGAACCGGCACCUGUGUGAGAGUCUUGCAGAUAGCUGCUUUCCUCUCAAUCUGGGGCAUUCAGCAAGUCACCUUCAUGAGUUGUUUUUGCACCAAUUCUGUGAUGCACACACUUGCUCAGGGAAAAAAAAACUUUUUCCUAAAGGCGGCAGGAAGCACACAAGUGUAUUCUACCUAGCUAUUUCAAUAUUGACUUUGAUGCUGCUGCCUCUCUUCUAUCUCAUAGUUUAUUUGUAUCAAAGGGAAAUGAGGCAGGGAACCCAACAGCUGAGGCGAAUCAAUCCAGUUGGACAGAAAAAGAAACCAUCAUAGUCAACUGGCAUACUUAAGCUACUCCUCCACAAGAUCAUUAUAUAGCAAAAGCAGAGGACUUGUUUGAAAGACCGAACUUGACACAUUGGCCAUGGACAAAUUAUUCCAGGAGAUGGUUCAAAAACCGAUUAUGUGUUGAUAUUCAGAUCUCUUGUGAAAUGGCAUCCACCCCGAUUUUUGUGCUCUUCUGAUAUGGAAAAUUUGAACAUAUACUUCCAACUUUUCUGUAACAAUUAUACUAUUGACUAAUGUUUAGAGGCUUGUUGUAAAUGAUUGAAUAUGCAAUGUCAAUCUUACUUAUGAGUUAUAAACAGAACACCCUUUGUCCGCGA